UCCCAGGCAAAACGGUCAUAUUAUUGUUUUCGGACCAAGAAUUUACAAUAAAAUGCAUUUAAAUAAAUAUAGCGAGCUGGUGGAGCGACUUGAGAACGAGGAAUUCGAGCAAGUCGAAUUGGGAGCUGAAGUCUACCAGCAGUUAUUGGCGAUUUAUCUCUACCAAAACAAACUGGCCGAUGCCAAGUUGCUGUGGAUGCGAAUUCCGGCUAGAUUAAAGGAGGACAAAGAACUGAUUCAGCUGAACCUGCUCAACCUGGCCCUGCAAAACAAUAACUAUGCCGAUUUCUUCAAAAACAUCAAGUACGAGUGGUCCGAGAGAGUUAAGGCACCCGUGGAGGAUCUCUUGGUUAAACAACGCGAGGAGCUGUUUAGACUGAUGGGCAGCGCCUAUGUGUCCAUCUACCAGCACAACCUCUUGGAAUUGUCCUUGAUGUCAGAGGACGAACUGAAGAAUGCCUGCGCCGCCUUAAACUGGACUGAAGAGCUGGACGGCGACCGGGUGAUCCUGAAACCCAAGGUCCAGGAAGCACCGCCCAGUCGUGCAAACGACGACCAGUUGCUCAAGCUGACUGAGUUUGUAACCUUCCUAGAGAAUUAAGCUUCAAUAAAGUUCAUACAAUUUUAUAAGGGA